CCAUACACAGCACGCGCAUCCUACGCCCUGUCCCAUCGCAAGGGAAAGUACAUAAGCCCAGCAAUCCACCCUCUCGAAAGCGUUCCUUCCCUUCUUUCCACUCGUCCCUCCUCUCACGCCCAGGCAGCGGCUCGUGUCUCUGCUCCACUCUCGUUGCGAUCGUGCAGCUCUCUGUCGCUCGCCGCACCACUGAUGUUCACCUGGACAUGACGCAGUGUCCUUUUCUUCUGCAGAUUGUCGAAGUGUCUCUGCCAGUCAGAUAGUCGCACAAUAUCUCCCUUGGUUCGUUGUAUUCUGGUCAAAGAUCUCUAUACAAUUGACUCUUGAUGCCUGCUUUUCUUGUUGUCUCAUUUUCCUAGUUGGUGCCGAGGGGCUCAACCCCAGCGUCUCCGAUCCCAAGACCCGAGGCCCUUUCCCUCAUCCACUUCACAAUGGAACCACCAGACAGCGACACAUCUCCGGAUGCAGAUUCUUCAUCAGCAGACUCUACUUCUGCUGACUCGUCUCCCACACAGGCACAGCCAAGCAUCGGAGAAACCCUUGUCAUGCCAGCCAUGGAGGACGCUCCAGUAAUUCAUAACGACGACUCUGCAUCAGAUGUUUCCAUGUCCACAGACUCCGAAGACGAAGAUGACAGCGCUCCGAAUACAAUCUCCAUAUCUGCAACUCCAAUCAUGCAGGAUCUGGCGCAACCAGCCAUUUUGGACGUCGUAAAGCCGAACACGGAAGCCUCCAAGAAGCGGAAAUACUCGGGCCUUACAGAAACAUCCAAUGGGGACAUGCACAAUGCCACACUUCAUGAAAUUCGAAAGCGGCUCAAGCCAGAUGAUAGCCUCCAAUCUCAUUGGACUUCAGAAGGACAUUUGCGCAAGGACAAGUCUCUUUUGCCCCCAGAAAUAUGGCAUCACAUAUUUACAUUUUGCCCUCCAAGAGUUUUGGGUCUUGUGUUGCAAGUCAACAGAACUUUCAAUGCCUAUCUUGAUCCUUCUUCCCCGGGCCAUUCCCGUGAACCACUCUCAAGAUCCGUUCUCCAGAUCUUGACGCCAGAAACAAUUUGGCGAGCUUCCAGACAUCUACAUUUGCAAGGCACGCCAGCUCCCUUGGCUGGGAAAACGGAAUUGGACAUGUGGAAGCUGGCCUGUGGCACCUUAUGCCAGUUUUGUGGCAAGAAAAGACCGACGCAUUCCACAGUCCCAAUGGACCAAUGGCAUCCUGGACCAGGUGAGAACGGCGUCACUCCAGUCUGGUCGUUCGGGAUCCGUGCCUGCGGCUCCUGUAACCAAGCCCGGUCAACCAAGGAAAUCGAUUUACUCCUGUCAUCUGCUAUCCCUUCCCCUCUGAUGACAGCUCUGCCAUUCAUAUUUCUCACCAAUGAACUUCACGUCAUCCCCGCGGCCACUCUCCAGAGCGGGCCACCAACUGGUAUCCAGAUUUCGAAACACUUCUUCAAGCCCCAUAUUGAGAAACUGAAGCAAGAAUUCGAUGAUGUCAAGGCCAUGGGCUCUGCUGCAGCAGAAGAAUGGAUGAAGGGUUUAGAAGGGCGAGGAAGAGAGCGACGGAACGAUGCGGUGCGUUGGGAACGAUGGGAAGUCAGUGGAGGUAUCGCUCGAAUGCGCAACCUGGAGACCAAUGCAUCAUUUCCCCCAGUAACAACAGCAAACGGACACAUUUCACUUUAUCAAGGUCACAACGGCACUCAACAGCCAAAGCCUUUCCAAUCUACCCAACCAGCCCAUCUAUCUUUGCCACUUCCCGCAACUCUUACCCCAAAUCCUCCUCCUCGAUUCGACUCCCCUUCUCAGAAUGGGUUCUCGUCUUACCCUUCUCGCAUGCAACCCAGACACGAGAGAACAAAGGAAGAAGUCGCGGAACUAAAGGCAACAAGACGAGCAGAGAUUGAGAGAAGGUGCAUGCUCCUAAACCCUCCUAUAACAGCUGGUGUUCUAGCACACAUGGCUUCAUUCCAAGCUGCCAUUCAAAUCAUCCAACCUCUAGAUGAUGGCGCCUGGGAAGUACUGAAGCCAAGACUACUAUCACAGCGGGAAGAAGCUGAACAGCGAGAAAAUGACCGCAUUGCUCAGACCCGAGUGGUUCAGGAGCGUUUCGAUGAGCGUCGCUUCCAAGACAUGCAAGCCAAGUCGGAUUCCAAAGACCUUGUGGAUAGGGAAUGGGAUGACAUCCAGGCCCCUUUGCGUGCCCGGAUUGGUGGGUAUGCUGACGAAAUUAUCCGUGACGGCUGGAACAACGGCGAAAAGGUAUCCCAUGAUACUGCUCCAUUGUUUGCCUCGGAGGUCUUGAUCUACGUCCGGAAGAGAUUCUAUGCAGAAGUAGCCAAGGAUGAGGCGGCGGUUCGCGCCACGGGCCGGGAACCGGAAUUGGAUCCUCCAAAUGGUCCAUACACCCGGAAACUCAUAUUGGAGAACAUGAAAUGGGUUUUCGACACCAAAAUCAAGCCACAUACGGAACCCUACCGUAAGGAACUAUUUCUUUGCAAUGCUUGUGAGUAUCCCUCCAAGUACUACGGAUUCGAAGGCGUCAUCCAGCACUAUGCCGCGAAGCACACCACUGCUUUGAGUGUUGGGAGCGUAGUUGUUCAUUGGAAAUCGGAAUGGCCAGAAUACCCUCCAUUCCAUCCCGACCCAAACAAUAUCAACGUCGCCCCGUAUUAUGCAGCUGCACCGAAUGCCGGCACUCCAUACGUUGGUGCGGGUCCUUCCAUGCAGCAGAAUUAUGGUUAUGGUGGGUAUCAGUCAGCACCAGUUUCUGCACCGAUGUCAGGUCCCAAUCCGCAUGUCUAUCAGGAAAGCCCAGGGCCGUAUUAUGGUCAUCCCCAAUUUGGUGAACCAUAUUCUGGCCAUCAGAAUGGUCCCUACGCGCCUCCGCCAACAUACCCGGAUAAUUCUCAGGGAUAUCAAACUCCGCAGUAUUCUGUUGCACCUCCACCAGCUCCUCUCCAAAGUUAUAACGACCCAUCCCAGGACUACUCCCAACAAAGCUUUGGUGGCCAGUAUCAGCCAAUGGGUCCAAAUAUGUACACAUCUCCCCAUACGGGCACAUUGUAUUCAACCACAGUUCCGGACGUACCAGCCCAACAACCGAGUUACCCGCCGCCAACAGCCCAGUAUGGACAACCCUACAGCCAACAGCCUGCCUAUCCGCUAAAUAACUUUGCCCCAGGACCACUACCUCCGCAGAAGACCGAAGAGUACAUGACCCAGCUUCAAGAAAUAGCCCGGAACGCCCGCGAGGUUUGGACUACCAUUGGGAAUUUAAAGGAUGUUCCAGGAGCACUGAAGGUUUACACUAUUAUUUACCACCUAUUGCAGAGAUUCCGUGCCACUUUCCAAGAAGAUCCACCUCUGGCGAUGAUUGUUGAUGGUCUGUCCAACAACAAAGACAUGCGGCCUGUUCGGAAUAUUAAUGGUCUCUUAUGCAAGGCUUGUUCAUUAGGUAUGGCAGGAUCGUCAUCCGCUACACAAAAGAAGCGCUUUUCUUUUCCUCAGCUUGUCAGCCAUUUCCUUUCGGUCCAUGAACAAGGGAUCUCUCAGAAUACCCAAGGCAAUAUUCCGGACUGGACCAAAGAUAUGGUUGAGCUUCCAGAUAUGUCGGAUUUGAGGUUAACAUCCUCUUCCCCUGGAAUGGAUGAGAACAAACUCAGCCUCUUCACCGAAGCACUCCCGGAGCUGUUCGCUGUUCCUCCCCCUAACAAGGGCGAUAUGCACAAUGGAUCGGUCCAGCAUUAUGAAAACAUUGCCGACCGAACUGAGUUCCAAGAUCUCGCCCCAUCUGUGGAUAACCAUGAGAAGUAUUACACCACAGUUGAUAGUGGGCGACCAUCAGAAACCGGCAGUGUGACUUAUGAUAGCGGAGAAUAUGAUCCUCGACAUCCGGGGGACCUUCCGAUGGAACCUCGUCAACAGUACAAAGCACCGCGGCGGAACCGCCAUCCUAGGCAACAUGAGCGAAGGGCAAUGGAUCAGCCGUCCUAUAGAUACGACCCACAGGACGAAGAACCACCGCAAGGGGUUUAUGAUGAUCUACCAGACCGCUCAUACAUCGAACAGAGGCCACUCUCACAACCUCCUCGAGCUCUUCCACAUGCCGCCGACUAUGAGCGUGUCAUCGUCCGUGAUGAGCCGCCGCUCUACAUGGACAGACCACUUCGCUUCCGAGAUUCAGGGGAAAUUGAAUAUCGCGUCAAACGUGAGCCACAUGUCUUGGCCUAUGAUGAACCCGACCCAGUUCCUUUGGCAAAGGACUAUCGACUUGCAAAUUCAUAUGCAUAUCAAUCCAAUAGACAGGACAUGCGUGUAAUUCCACGCGACCCACAAUCCAGGUCCGACCGUCUGCAGCCAGCAGAGGAUGCCACGGCUCAGCAGAAUCGCAUUUUCGAAGUUGUGGCACAGAUCUCUCAGCAAGCACAGCAGGCUCGAGAGCGCCAGCCAAACAAAGAAGAACCAACUGAGGCUGGUUCUGAAGAUGGCGAAGUCCGAGCCGAUCCCAGAUCGAAGCCUGAGAAUGGUCAUACGGAUCCAUCCGACGAAGCCAGCCAUGCCGCUGAGCGGUUUUUGAACGAGUUCCAUCCUGGCGAGAAUGAGGAUGAGGCCACAAAGAAGAGAGAAGAUGCAGAGCGUCGCAGAGAUGAUGGACUAAGGAUAAAGUGGGAGUCUGAACGGGGUAAGAGGCACUUGUACCAAGCACCGGCAGAGCCCCUGCGACGCAUCCGUGACGAGUACGAUGAAGAUCACCGGAUACUCCCUAGUGGCGGACGGCUCGUCAAUCCUGGCAUGGAGGAAUUGGGACACGAUGGGUAUAUUGUCCGUGAACGGAUUCCAGCGCUACGGCAGCCACGAGUCCAAGCGUACGAAGACCGAUAUAUCAGUGGCAUUCCGGAGCAGGCGAUGCCGCGAGAGCGAUCACCCGAAUUGGUUGAUCGUCGAUACAAGUUGAAUAAUGUUGUCUAUCGCGAUGAGCGACAAGGUAGCCAUGGCACUCACCGAACACCAAGCAGAUAUGCUCGGUACGAGAGUGUCCGACUCGAGAACGACCGCGCGCGUUCAAGGUCACCAGUAUACGUUAAGGUGGGCGCCCAGCCAGCACAGUAUCGAGAGCGCAGUCCAGCUGCUCCCGUCUUGCGCCAAGAGCCCAGCUAUCGCACCCGGACGCCUCCACCAGCUGCCGAAGAGCUUGCUUAUGAGAGAGCUCCUCGUCAGGAAUAUUACCGCGUCUACGCUGAUGAGCCUCGACCCCGCGAGCCUCAGUACGCCGAGGCGUUCGAAUACGUCCGAGUAUCCGACCCGCAAGGCGAUUACAUGAUUCGGAGACCAGUUCGUCGAGAGCCUGAGCCUGUCUAUGCCACUUACGAAGAGGACGCCUAUACUCGACAACCAGUCUACGAGAGCCGAGCGCCCGCCUCGCGACCAGAGGCUACCUUCUACGAAGAAUACGAUCCUCGCCACCCCGAGCCUCCUCUUCAAGCGCCAGUUCGUCAGGUCAGGUAUCAGUAGAUGGUCAAGAAGGGGUCUUCAUCCAGAAAAGUGCUUUAUUAUUUUCCCUUCCCUGUAUAUUAUUCGAUGUAACCUUCGUUCAUCGCUGCUUCUCCUCCAUCUCAUUGCAUGUCACUCCCGCUCCUCCUCUACCUGUUCUAACUUCCUUUGGCUAGCGUGCACCUUGUCCUCGUUUGUACAAUCAAACUCAUUGUACAGUGUAUACUUGCGAAGUUGCGGAAUCUUCUACUUGUACAGAUUCAUUUCAUUCCAUCGCCAAGAGGGAUUGCAGAAGCAAUCUGCCUCUCGUUUCCGGGAGUUACUUAAUGAGUGGUUGGGGAGUUUUUGCAUGACCAAAGUACCCUAGAAGGUCAGGGCAAAAUUUCGUUAUAUCGAUGUCUUUUGCUGGCGGUUUACAGAUGUAUCAUAGUGCGAAACAAAAAAUACUACAUAC